UGGACAGCCAAACGCGCUCGGAGCAAAGUGCCAACUGCACUGACUGGCAUCACAUUGAGUGAUGGGGGGAGAAGGGGGCUCAUCCUACCCACCCAGAGAGAGUGAGGCCAAUUGUGCUCUCUUGGACUUCCGGAUACGGACGGCUGCAGCAUCACCAGGGAUCGAACUUGUGAUCUCCUGAUGACACUCCUCGCGCCACUCAGGAUCAGUGGAAUUGAGCGACGGCAGUUUUACAAGCACUUGUGGGGUGAGGAGGAACAAAAGACCACCUGAGGACCACUAUGUCUGCUGUGGAGUGAAGACCCCCAGACAUCCGCAGUCUUAUCCUCUUUUUGCUGUCACCCAGAAGAACAGCGUCCAGCAACACCUGGACACCCGAGUCCCAUCUGGAUCCAAUUAGCUGGUGUCCAGCCAGGCGUUGCGGGCCGAGUCCCUGGCCGCUGUGAUCGCUGUUUUUAUCCGUCCUGGCAGCUUGUUGUGUCAUGUCGGCUUUCCUCGUGCCACGGCCGCCACUGACCGGAUCGGAUGUGACAGGGCUGAAAUAAGCAGAGCUGUCGUUUUCCCUCCUCAAGGACGAGCACGAAGUCCAGACUGCUCCACUUGUGUCAGUGUGCGUGCAGGCUCGUUUCGGCCCCUCUCAGUCCGUGGAGGUCACGGAUUCCAAUCUGGCUGACCUCCCUUUGCACCCGACCGUCCAGACCGUCUGCAAGUUCUGCCGCCGCAGCCCGUGGAGGAUGAGUGAUGUCUCCACGCUGGACUACGAGCUGCUCUCUCCGGGGCCCCUGCUGGCCGGUGCCCCCAGCGGCCCCCCGCUGGCGGGGGACGCAGAGCAGCGGACGGCCUUCGCCUUCGUGGGCCUGCUGAUGCUCUUCCUGCUGUUCCUGCUAGUGCGCUGCUUCCGGAUCCUUCUGGAUCCCUACAGCCGCAUGCCCGCCUCCUCCUGGACCGACCACAAAGAGGGCCUGGAGAGGGGCCAGUUUGACUAUGCGCUGGUGUAAAGAAUCGCUAAGCGAUGGUGGGCGGGCCCCCGUGCCUCCACACCCUGCACCCUGCCUCUGCCUUAGCUCUCUCUGUGGCCAGCCCUGGUUGGAGUUGCCCUCCGCCUCGCGUCCUUUUUUUGGUCAGAGUUAUACUGUAGUUACUCCUCAGGGCUACAGGGUUUUCCUUGCAGCGGGGCUGCCCAAACCAUUAACCACAAAAAGUCGAUUCUUUUGCCCAACCAUAGGGCAUCUGUGGAGAAAUGGGGGCAACACUUCAUUUUGAUGGUCCUCUAUAGUUGCUUAGUAGAUGCUCUCCUUGUCUUUGACUCCCAAACUCUGCUCUGAAACUCAAGUACAGCCCUCCUUUCAGUGUUUAAUGCAAAGCCUCAAUCCCAAAAACAUGCUUGUGUCCUGCCCAGAGCACCUGAACGCCGAUGCUAAUGUAGCUGAUAUGGAUUCACACAGUAAAAUGACACCAUUGCAGCGUUUGUUAGCUAACACCAGUGCUAACUAGCUAGCUAGAUGGCUAGUCUUAUCGUUCAGCCCCCCAAAGCCCAGAGCUCACUUUCUUAGCUUCAGAUAUUAGCUAGCUUCUGUAGGCUACGACCAAAGCUAGCUAAUAUCUGAAGCUAAUUGCGUUAGCUACGAGCUACAUCACCUGCACAGCUUAGACAAGUUUGCUCGCCUAGCUAGCAGCUAGCUUCAUGCCGUUAAUCCCCCUCAGAGCCCAGAGCUCACGUCGUUAGCUUAGCUAGCACACUCAAUAAAAGAUGGUUCUUCAAGGGCUCUUUAGUAAAGGCAGUGUUUCUUUAGAACCUUGAGUUCUAUGUUGAACACAUGGUGAAACUGUUCUUCAGAUUGUUGGAGGAUAUGUUCUUUGUGGUUCUUUAUAGCAGCAAAAGGGUUCCGCUCUUGUUACGAUGUCAAGCUUGUAACAACGGAAGAACCAUUUUUGGUGCUCUACUGAAUCAUUUCCAAAAAGGUUCUGUGUAGAACCUUAUCCAGAUUAUCCAUCAAUCUGAAGAAUGCAAAGGACCAUUUACACUGCAAAAAGUGGUGUCUUGUCAAAUAUAAUUAUCUUAUAUCCGAAUUUGGUCAAUAAAUCUAAUAUUUCUCCGUUUGAGAUUAUUGCAAGUUUAAAUUUAGAUGAUGCAACUUAUUAGACACUGUUUACUUGUUUUGUGUCUUUUUAUUCAAUAAAAUCAUCUUAUUAUACACUCUCAGAAAUAAAGGUGCUAAACUGUCUCUGGGUCAGUGCCCCUCUUGUCUCUGGGGUGGUCCUCUCAAGGCCUUUA